AUGGCAAAACAAGGAGGUAAGGCUAAAGCUGCAAAGAAGCAAAAAAGAGUGAAGAAAGAUAAGUCUGGACCAAAAAAACCUAAGUCAGCUUUCAUGUUCUUCUCUCAAGAUAGAAGACAGACACUUAAAACUGAGCAGCCUGAUCUCAAAAUUACCGAACAAUCGAAAGUAAUUGGUAAGGAAUGGGGCGAAUUAACUGAUGCCGAAAAAGCCCCUUAUCAAGAAAAAGCUAAUCAAGAUAGAGAAAGAUACAAUAAGGAGAAGGCCUCAAGUCCUAAGGAAGAAGAAAAGAAGGAAGAGCCUGAAGGUGACGAAGAGGAUGAGGAGUCAGAAGAUUAA